AUGCAAGAAAGAAAGGAGAAGGAGGCUGUGGAAACCGCUGGCACAGAGGUGAGGAAUCCCACCAAGAAACUGCAGCCGAGGAGGUCGCUGAGAAUAUCGGAGAUGCAAGAGGAGAAGGAGGCUGUAGAAACCGCUGGCAUGGAGGUGAGGAAUCCCACCAAUAAACUACAGCCGAGGAGGUCGCUGAGAAUGUCGGAGAUGCAAGAACGAAAUGAAGGAAAGGGAAAGAAGGAGGCUGUGGAAACCGCUGGCGUGGAGGUGAGGAAUCCCACCAAGAAACUGCAGCCGAGGAGCAAUGCGUCGCUGAGAAUUGGUAAUGCAGAAGUGUCGGAGAUGCAAGAAAGAAAUAAAGGAAAGGGAAAGGAGAAGGGAGCUGUGGAAACCGCCGCCAUGAUGGUGAGGAAGCCCACCAAGAAAGAAGUGGAGGACGAUGCUAGGCGCGUCACUGAAAUUAUAAAAAAGUGGACUGCACUUCGAUGGGAACCUGCAUACAGCUCUAAAAGUCCUCCCAUUUCAAAGAAAUUCUACAGGCUCGAGUCCAAGUGUGACGAUGAUUUGAGAAAAUUGCUAUUGCCCGGGGACCAAGCAGCGGUGGUUAAAGACGGUCUUUCCGUUCCGACCGUGGACGAUAAAGGCAGGAGAUUUAGCGUGGUCUUGAAGCAGUCAAGUGGCUAUUUGUUUUUGACGGGGGAAGGAUGGUCGGAGCUCGUUCAACUCAAUAUGGUUGAAAUGAGAAGUGUUUUUCAAAUCUAUAGUUACAGGGAUGGCCGUUUGAAAUUUGGUAUCUUUUUUAAGAUACCAAAAUGA